ACCCCUAGCUGUACUCCAACCGAGUAACGGCGAAGAUAAAAGCCGCAUUUUGUUUUGCACUCUCCGUCGUCGGAGCGAGCGGCUUCAGCUAUGGCGGAGAGGGGUGAGAUCUCUGUUUUAACACUUGGUGGCAAGGGCUCGUCCCUCUCUUCCUCCUCACUCUAUGCUAUUGCCAGUGGCUGUGCUCUAUUGCGCAUUGAUUCUUCUGCUCUCGAUCGGCUUUCCUCCGUUCGGCGCGUUCCGCCUGCUUCCUGCAAGCACCAGAUUAUCUUCACUGACUCUCUCACCCUACAGGACCGCAGGGCCUUUCUCGUCGUGCUCCUGAAUAAGCUCCUCCUCUCCAAUGCCACGGGUAUCCGGGCUGUUCUUCCUGAACUCAUUGCUGAGGCCUUAAAUUCUAAGUCCCAAAGUUUGAAAUUCGAGGAACUCGAUGUGACUGAGGACGAGAUGUUUGUGCUGAAGAGUUCUUACUCUUCUCUGCUUGGGGUUUCUGCGAUUUUGGAUCACCAAUCAGCGGCGUUAUCUGCACUUGCGGAUUUUGCUGCUGCUUUAUCGUGUGAGGCGUCGAAGGCUGAUGUAACCGCAUUCGAUUUGAUGGAUUCUGGGGACGGCAAUGCUUCUAAGGAGAAGGUUGGUGUCUGCAGUGAUAUGAAAGUUCUGCUCAAUGGGUCCAAGUCGGUGGGCAAGGUUAAGAUUGAAUCUAUUUCGAAAAUUCCUGUAGUUCAUGGAACUAUGAGGGAGCAGAUGAAAUCGGUGCAUUCUAAAAUGCGAGUGGAGUUGAAUUCGGGUGUGGGGACAGAGGAAGCGGUAAGUGUAGUGCUGUUGGCAUUGGCAGCAGCACUAAGAGACCUAGGUGAGUGUAGCUUUGUUCGUGUGAAAAAUAAUCUAGCUUCCAUAGCUGUCAAUGAACUGAGAUCAAGUCUGGAAGGAAUCUUUGCAAAGAAAUGCCCCACUUUGUCUAGUUUAGGGGGAACUUUUGUUUUAUAUCUCAGGAAGGACUUCGGUAAUUUUGUACAUGAAGUGAAAAUGCUUUUAGAAACAGUUUGGAGCAUUGUGGCAUGGGAAGUUGCAACAGCUUUUGCGGCACUUGAGCCCGUUGAACUUACUGAAAAGAUUCAAGAACUUAUUGAAAAGAUUCAAGCUGUUGGGGAAAAUGGAGAUAACACAAAAGCGGAGAAGAAAAAUGAGAAGAAGAAGAAGGUUGUUUUAGGCAAAGGAAACAGCGUGAUUCUACAAUUAAUCAAGGACAGGUUGCGGAAUAAAAGAGGCAAUGCUGUUGAUAUGUCGGGAUUAUUGGAUAUAUGGGUUGGUGAUUUUCUAUCGCUUUUUGAUUUGAGGGAUCCUGAAUUUGAUGUCUUUUUAUCUAAAGUAAAGGACUUUAUAGAAAGCAAUGAAAGCAGAAGACUUCCCAAGAUUCCUAAGGGGACUCGUGACUUUGCUAAAGAACAAAUGACAGUAAGAAAGAAAGCCUUUUCAAUAAUAGAGGAAGUUUUUGAGAGGCAUGGCGCCACAGCCUUGGACACUCCUGUUUUUGAAUUGCGAGAAACUCUCAUGGGAAAGUAUGGGGAAGACUCAAAGCUGAUUUAUGAUCUGGCUGAUCAGGGUGGCGAACUCUGUUCUUUGCGGUAUGACUUAACUGUUCCAUUUGCUAGAUAUGUUGCCAUGAAUGGUCUAACAUCUUUCAAAAGAUACCAAAUAGCCAAGGUCUACCGAAGGGACAACCCAUCUAAGGGAAGAUACCGGGAAUUCUAUCAAUGUGACUUUGAUAUUGCUGGUCAGUUUGAGAAAAUGGGUCCAGAUUUUGAGGUUGUUAGAAUUUUGACUGAACUGCUUGAUGAGCUAGACAUUGGAGACUAUGAGAUAAAGUUAAAUCAUCGAAAAUUACUGGAUGGAAUGAUGGAAAUUUGUGGAGUGCCAGCCGCAAAGUUUAGGACUAUAUGUUCAAGUAUUGACAAAUUGGACAAGCAGUCUUUUGAUCAGAUACGAAGAGAAAUGGUGGAGGAAAAAGGAAUAUCUGCAGCUGAGACAGCUGUUAAGGAAAAUUGGAACAUUUUGUUAAGGAAAAGAGGGGACCUGCUUUGGCAUUGUUAUGGAUCUUUAAACAAGAAAUGGCCUGGAAAUUUUUUUCACUUGAGUCUUGCCAGAGGUCUUGAUUAUUAUACUGGAGUCAUAUUCGAAGCUGUUUUCAAGGGUGGUACACAGGUUGGUUCUAUUGCCGCCGGCGGUCGAUACGAUAAUCUGAUAGGGAUGUUUGGAUCCAAGCAAGUUCCAGCAGUUGGUGUCAGUCUUGGAAUUGAGAGAGUAUUUGCUAUAAUGGAGCAACUUCAGAAAGAUAGAAACCAGAUGCCUCGAGCAAACAAAACUGAAGUUCUAGUGAGCAUAUUAGGGGAUGACCUAACACUUGCUUCAGAGCUGGUAAGUGAGUUGUGGGAUGUUGGGAUCAAAGCAGAGUUCCUGGUCAAUAGAAGACCAAUGAAACACGACCGUGCCAGAGAAUCUAGGAUCCCUUGGAUGGUCCUGGUGGGUGAGCGAGAAUUGAAUAAAGGUGUUGUGAAUCUGAAAGAUGUUGAAGCUGCUAAAGAGAUGGAGAUCUCCAGAGAUCAAAUUGUUGAGGAGCUUCGAAGACGGUUGAAUCCAUAAGUCUUCUGGCCUGCACGAGCUAACUUCAAAGCUGGGUUUGAUUAUUGUCAGUGGUUAAGUGCCAUGUUUCAUUGUUUGUUAAGCUGACAAUUACAUAUACAUUUGGACUGGGGAGGUAUAGGGAUCACUGUGGCAUAUUUCUUUCGGAAUUAUUUAUCAAAGAAAUAACUUGCAGAUUUUGAUUAGCUAUUGCCAUUGUGAUGUAAUUUUUGUUGGUGCAUAUUUUAAACUUUUGCAAACGGCGUAAGCUGAAUCUCUCAGUUGUCCCCUUUAUCUUAAAGCAUGGUUAAUUUUCUGCUA